AUGGCGGUGCCCAACUCCUACUUCGUCCCAGGCUUCGGCAUCUCAAGAGCCGUCAUCCAAAACGAGAUCCGCUAUCAUUGUGGGCCGGAUGCCAUCGUUCGACCGUACACCUUCCAGGCACAAAUCGACGACCUGAAGAUGUCUUCCCUCGAGUACGAAGAGAAGCAGUCCCGCAUCGCAAACGAAUCGAACGUUUUCAACCUGGUCUAA